AUGGCGGACCCGGCCGGGGCCGGGAGGCCGACCAAGAGGAAGCGCGGCGGCAGGCACGGGAGGCCAACCCCGGUCCCGGUCUUGGCGGGGUUACCAAUCGCACUAGCAAGGGCGGCGGCGGAAGCCGCGACCGCCGAAGGGGCCGCGUUCCGCAGGAGUCGGUCCGACCUCGCCGACCAGGCCGAGGCGGCGGCGGUCCGUGCUUGGACCGACGCGGUGACGGCAUGGGCGCGAGCCGGCGCGGAGCCGGCCUGGCGCGAGAUGCCGGAGGGCACGGUGGUUGCGGUGACGGUCUUUGAGCCGUCGUCGGUGAGGGAGCGCGGCCGUGGAGGCCGGGCUGAGGUGGUGAUCCCCGACCGGGAGGUCGUGGAGGUGGCGGAUGACACCCCACCGCGGGCCGACGUGGUCGAGCGAGCGGGGACUGAUGGUGGUGGAGGCGGCGUCGUUUUGGAAGAGACGCUGCGGGCAGCGGUGUCGGAGGCGCCGCUGGUUUUGGAGGAGGCACCGCGGGCGGCGGUGCCGGAGGCCACCCCGGCAGCUGGGCCGGAGACGGCGACGCAGGGCGUCCCAGUGUCCGGGUCAGAGACGGCGACGCAGGGCGUCCCAGCGUCCGGGUCGUCGUCGGCGCUGGGAGGGGCGUCGGAGGAGGUGCUGACCGCGUCGCGGGCAGCCAACGAGGAGUACGCCUUGGUGCCCCGGCAGGGAGGGCGCCGAGCUGCCGUGCCGCAGCCGGCGCGGAGCGGGGGCGCUGUUGUCUUCGGGCCUCAGACCCAGGAGGAGGCAGCGCUGGACGCCGUCAGUCGCCGCCUGCGAGGCCGGACGGAACGGCUCGAGGCCUUCGCCCAGGCCGAGGUGGAGCGGACGCGCGACCUGGAGCGCGCCGUUCUGCAUCUCGACGCGUUCCAGGUCGCCACCUACAAUCGUCUCCUGGGCAAGCACCGGGAGCUCAUGGAGCAGCUUGCCGCCAAGGAGGAGGAGCUCCGCGUCGCCGCAGGUAUUCUUCGGACUCGUCUGCUCCGGAUCGGUCAUCACUACGACCGGCUCGUUGCUGACACCGGCCGUCUUAGCGUCGAGGCGGCGCAGGCGAGGGCGGAGGCGGCCGCGGCUCGGCGGUCUCCCGACGAGCCCAACCGGCUGCAUGAGCAGCUGGCGAGUCACAAGAGCCGCCUCGAGGCCGAGGUGGAGCUCCUUAAGGCAGAAGCCGCCAAGGUGGCAGAGGCGCAGCAGGCCCUGGUGGAGGCGGACCAGCAGCGCGGCCAGCUGGCCGACGAUAAGGGCCGGCUCCAGGCAGAGGUGGAUCGCCUGUGGGGGCAGGUCACCACGGCUGAGGGGGCCCGUCAGGACGAGGCCCGUCGCCGUGAGGCGGCCGAGAAGGUGGCCGAAGACAAGGACGCCGAGCUGAAGGCGGCCCUUGCCAAGGCGGCCAAUCUGGAGAAGGCGCUCGAGGAGCGCGACCGCGCCAUCGAGCGGGAGCUGCGUGGUACGUUGCUUGAGGUGCAGCACCUGGAAGGGUCCUUCUCCAGGGCCUUCCUGGAGACGCAGCGGCUGGCGGAGGAAGCCGUCCGCUAUCAGCGCAACCCGACCGGCGUCGUUGGGUCCGGGAUGGAUCCGCGGGUGGCCUGGACCUUCCCGGAGAUCAUCGCCGCCGCUGAGGCCCGCCUGCAGGGAGCGAGCGAGCUGAUCGAGGCGGUGGCGAGCGUCGGCGUCGUCGAUGGCGCGCGGGCCGAGUCGACUUGCGGCCAGGCCACGGGGGGCCGGGUCGGUUGGAGCCGGACGCCGGCCAUGCUGGCCGGGUCCGCGCUGGAUCUCUAG